UUUAGUUGGAUCAAGGUGAACAUGUGGCUGUAUUGACAGCCCUGAUGAAGAGUUUGUCUCGUCUUUGUUUUUGUUGAUUUAGAAUUUUGAUCUUGAAGGAAAGACUUCAUGAUGAACAAGCGACAAGUGCGAAACAUGAGCCAGCUACCACACUGUUACUAUGAGGGAUACCUGGAGAAGAGGUCAUUUAAAGAUAAGAAAGCUCGCAAACUGUGGACGCGCCUGUGCGGCAACACACUUUUCUUCUUCAACGACAAGAGAGAAACCGAGUACAUUGAAAAACUGGAUCUCAGCGGGCCGAUUGUAAUCGCAGACGACAGCACAGUGGAUUGUAACCUGGAUGUAGCCAGACUGAACCUCCUGACCAAGGACAACAACAUUGGAUUUUCUGCUCCAAAUGCAGAGGCUCGGGAGCUUUGGAAAGGCCUCAUUCAAUCUGUGGCUGAGCUGUCAGUGUCUUCCUCUCUCAACCUGCUGCCGGGACAAAUGCUCAUGCUGGAAGAGGUUGUGAAAAAGGAGAAAGAAAGACUGAAAACUAUCCACCAAUGUUCUCCCAGCCCGAGUGGUGAACCCAAAGUAGACAUGCCAGACUGUUUCCACCCAGUGUCUCGCACGGAAGCGGAGCUUCUUCUUGAGCGAGAGGCCGGCAGAGGAAAUAUGGUGCUGAGGCCCAGCAGGGAUGGCAGCGCCUUCGCUAUCACCACCAGAGAGGAACUCAAUGGGCCAAUAUACAAACAUUACCGUGUGAGCAAACACGACGACUGCUGCACCAUCGAUUUGGACAAUCCUGUCACCUGUGCUUCACUAUUUGACAUCAUCAAGUACUUCAUGGACACCACAGAGGGCGCUCUGAUCGCUCUAUCCAGGGAGGAAACCUAUGAGCAGAACAUCUCUUACAUUUGCUUUGAUAAUGAAAAUGGAGAGAGGACUGUGCGGGACGCUUCCACAGAUGUCAUGCAGCCUAGUUUACCAACCAAACCAGCACUGCCAAGAGUGCCGAGUCAAGAUGAAGAAAACGUCUAUGUGAAUGAUAGCGAGAAGAAAGAAUCCACUGCCAACAAGUUGCCAGAGCCCGAAAUGAAAGCUUCAGGGAAAUCAGUGAAGGCUCCAGUUCCUGCACUUCGCAAAUUUCUGCCCUCCCAAGCCUCCAUCGCCGGGUCAACACACGGAAAAGAGCUGAAGAUGAGGAGCCACACGGGUGCUAUGGGCCAGACCAUAUCAGAACUCAAGAUGAAGUUUGAAAGAGGACGGAAUGCACCGACGAACCUGAGGCAAGAGUCAACCUCCACAAUAAAAUCACUGUGAUACAAUGGCAACCCCCCCCCCACCACCAGGACAACCACCUCCAACUCUGUUCCAUUAGCUUUACAGGUUUACUACUGUUAAUAGACUAUGUAUGCACAAUUCUGCCUCAGUGUUUUAAGCUUUUUUUAAUUUUUUAUUUUUUUGUAAAUAAUGGGCAAUGACUGCCAAACAAAUGUAAAUAUAACCCACAUGUGAAUUCCUGUAUAUAUAUUUUUUUACUGGAUGUAAAUUCAAUAAAAGUCCGCAAUGUAAUGACUUUUUUUGUGGCCAAAAUAAAGAAAAUAUAAGUUGCUUA